AUGGAGUAUAUUGAUGCUGAAGCCAAACUUCAAAAAUUGUCUUUGGAAAAGAAGAAGCAUAUCUACAAUGAGGUAAAAAAAGCAAUUGAGCUCCUACACAAUAAGGAUGUUGUCUUUGGGGACCUGCGCAUUUCUAAUAUUCUUGUUAGGAAAGAACAAAUGGAAGAACAAGUGAAAACAGUAUUGGUAGAUUUUGAUUGGUGUGGGAUAAUGGGAGAA